AUGCAUGAUCUGUCCUACACCUACCAAAAUUCUGGUAAACGAUUGAGAAAACUAUGUGCACUAAAUGAAAUAUUGAAAGAUGUCUAUAAAUUCGAAAAUGAAGAAGUGAAGCCAACUAAAUCUAUUGGAACUUGUUGGAUAGAUCACAAACUGUGUGCAAUGAAACUCUUUAUUGACAAAAGAGGGCUUUAUUUAUCACACAUUCAAAAUGUCAUUGCGGACACAAUGAAGAAAAAUGAUAAGCCUAAACUCGAAGGAAUUAGCAUACGGUUCAGUGCUACUAAAAUGUGCCAUGUACCAAUGUAUGUGGAUAUUCUUGAGCCUGCUCGACAGUUAUCCCUGACAACACAAAAGACGGAAGAAAUAAACAUCAUAAAGCAAGUACAAGCUGUUGACCGUACAUUAAAGAAAUACAAGAUAAUGCUAGCCAAAGUAGAUGAAGAUCCAGCUGCAGCAGCAAGUUCGCUUCCAACAGUGAAACAUGUACUAUCUGUGAUAGAAGAAGGGCCUGACAAAUCCAGCCUAUGA